AUGGCUGCUCCGUCCGUCGCUACCACUACCACCAUCACCUCCUCCUCCUCCUUCACAUGCCCGCCUGAGGAGCCGAUCACCAGCCCAGCCAACCUAGACGGCGUGGCUUACCUAUACGGACACCCCCUCCUCAAUUCCCUCUCGCCGCCACUACACCAGACCGUGUACAAUGCCUUGGGCCUGAACUGGAGACAGAUCCCACUGUCCAGCGUGACAGGCCAGUCCGCGACCUAUCCGCCGCCAUACACGCGGUCACCACCGAUCGAGAAAUUCCUCGCCUCGAUCAAAGCCAACCCCAAGUUCGUGGGCUCCUCGGUAACAAUGCCACACAAGGUGGCCAUCAUGCCGCACUUGGAUGACCUGACCGAGCACGCCCGGCAAGCUGGUGCCUGCAACACCAUCUUCAUGCGCACCGACCCAGCCACAGGCCACAAGUCCUACGUCGGCACCAACACCGACUGCGACGGCAUCCGCGAGGCCCUAGUGCAGAACGCUCCGGACCCAUCGCGCUUCCGUGGCCGUCCGGCCCUCAUCAUUGGCGGCGGCGGCACCGCCCGCACCGCAAUCUAUGUUCUGCGCCGCUGGCUCGGUGCAAGCUGCAUUUAUAUCGUGAAUCGGGAUGCCGUCGAGGUGGCUACUAUUCUUGAGGAGGACCGCCGUCGCAACCCGGACCCGAACGCCCACGCGCCUAUUAUCCAUGUCGUGGACCCCGCUGAGGCGGCACGUCUAGAGUCGCCGGCUGCGAUUGUGUCGGGCAUCCCUAACUACCCGCCCCAAACCCCAGAGGAGAUAAAUGCUCGUGCGGUCAUCCAGGCUUUCCUGGGCACAGCUGCCACCGCCGAGUCGCAGCAGGGUGUCAUUCUGGAGAUGUGCUACCACCCUGUUCCCUGGACCGAGAUCGCUCAAUUGGCCUCCACCGGUGGGUGGAAGGUGAUUCUCGGCUCGGAAGCUCUGAUCUGGCAAGGGCUGGAACAGGCGCGACUGUGGACCGGUGAAGACGUGGUUGGCACGCCAGACCUGGUGCAGCAAGUGAAGGAUGUGGUUACCAAGUCGGUGGCCGAGCGGGCAUCAAAAAAAUCCAGCCUUUGA